GUUUGAGCUGAGUAAAUCUUCCUUUCUCCAGCCCCCCACUUGCGCUACAGGACACUGACCCCUAUGAGGGACUCAUGAGUUCAACUCGCAGCCGAUACUUAGGUUCCACACACACAGUCAUUUACAAGGAAAAUAUACCUCAGCUGCUGAAUAAAACGACUAACUACUUUAAAGAAAAAAAGGUGCUUCUAAUAAGGAUGAGGUUGUCCGAGUUUGUGUGGAUUCUGGGACUGCUCCUCGCCUUGCUAUCAACCUCCCAGGCGUUCAAAGACUUCUGCCAUGUCAAGCCCAAAGACGUGCCCCUGGAGCCCAAGUGUGUCUACCGCAGCCCCGAGGAUGAAGCCUUGACAGCGGAUGCUAAACCAGAGAAAGUCCCUGAGAACACCAAUCCCCGGGUGUGGGAGCUGUCCAAGGCGAACAGUCGCUUCGCCUUGUCCCUGUUCAAGCAGCUAUCCCAGGGUAAACCCAGCGAGGCCAACAUCUUCAUGUCCCCUAUCAGCAUAUCCACAGCCUUCGCCAUGACCAAACUAGGCGCCUGCAACAACACGCUCAAACAGAUUAUGAACGUGUUUGAGUUUGACACGAUCAAAGAGAAGACGUCGGACCAAGUGCAUUUCUUCUUCGCCAAGCUAAACUGUCGCCUGUACCGCAAGAAAGACAAGACGACAGAGCUGAUCUCAGCCAACCGUCUUUUCGGAGAAAAGUCUCUGGCAUUCAGUGAGAAUUACCAGAAUAUCAGUGAGCUGGUGUAUGGCGCCAAACUCAUGCCACUCAAUUUCAAGGAAAAGCCAGAGCUGUCCCGGGUGACCAUCAACGAUUGGAUCUCAAACAAGACGGAAAAAAGGAUUCAGAACACUUUGCCGGAGGGAUCACUGAACUCCAACACUGUGCUGGUCCUGGUCAACACCAUCUAUUUCAAGGGUCAGUGGAAAAGCCAAUUCGACAAAGACAAAGUCUUCAAGGCCGACUUCUACGUGAGUAAGUCCAAGACAUGCCCAGUGUCCAUGAUGUACCAGGAGACCAAGUUUCGCUACGGCAGGUUCACUGAAGAUAAGGUGCAGCUGCUGGAGCUGCCGUACCGUGGAGAGGGCAUCACCAUGGUGCUGAUCCUACCACUGAAAGGAACACCCUUGUCUGAGGUGGAGGAGAACCUGGACUUGAAGAAGCUGACUGGCUGGCUGGAUAACAUGAGGGAGACCGCGGUGUCGGUGCAUCUGCCACGCUUCCGCAUCGAAGACAGCUUCAGUCUGAAGGAGCAACUUCAGGCCAUGGGGCUCGAGGACCUCUUCAGCCCCAGGGACGCCAGCCUCUCAGGCAUCCUGGAAGACGAGGCAAAUAAUCUGUACAUUUCAGAUGCAUUCCAUAAAGCAUUCAUAGAGGUGAAUGAGGAAGGCAGUGAGGUGGUUGCUGCCACAGCUGUGGUGGCCAUCGGCCGCUCCAUCAACUUAAACCAGGAGGUGUUUAUGGCCAACCGGCCCUUCCUCCUGCUCAUCCGAGAGUCCACCAUCAACACCAUGGUGUUCACCGGCCGGGUGGCUGACCCCUGUGACCCCUGAUCACACACACACCAACCUCGGAUUUGUCAUUCAUGUCAUGUAACAGCCCAUUUCUGAUCUCUGUAUCAAUGUAAAAUAAACCAAAUCGGAUGGACAGUGGA